AUGGAGAAAAAACGAAUGGAAAAUAAAAAUUUGGUGAAAAAUAAGAGAAAUAAUUAUGAAAUGCCAUUGUAUGGAGCGGGAAAUAAUUUGAAAGAAUCAAAUGUGUCAAGUGGGCCCAAGGGGUCAAACAGAUCCAAUGAAAAAAAUUCGGGACAAGUAGAAAACGCAAUAGGAAUAACGAGUAUCAGAAAUCUUAGCAAUAUGAUAAGUCCAGAUGACAUGUAUAAUGAAAUAAUAUGUAACGACAUUCAGUAUGGAAUAAACAAAAAUGAAUGUAACGGGGUUAUCUAUGUGAAUGAUAAGCAAUAUGAAAGGAUAUUAAAAAGAAGAUUGAGGAAAAUGAAACAAGAUAUUGAAAGAAAUAGAAAAGUUCGUGUAUAUAUUGCUAUACAGAAAAAAUCAUUUCUAAGUAUGCACACAUUUCAUAAUAAUAACAUGAACACGUCUUUGUAUAAUUAUGAUCUGAAUAUAAAUGAACCAUUUUAUAAGACGAAUAACACAAAUUUGAACGUAGUUCCAACAGGAGUGGUAGUAUCCGGAUCGAUAUCAAAUGGUACUACUCCACAUUUUCUCAAUGGAAAUGCGAACAAUAAUUAUAUGGCACUGUAUGAAAAUAUGAAAACGAUAUUUGAUAUGAAUCUAGAGAAAGAUGAUGACAAGAGAAGUAGCGUCAGUCGGAACCAGUACACACAAAGGAAUACCAACAACCUUAACAUGGAGGAAGAUUACAAGAAAUACAUAAAUGCAUGUGCGUUGACUAAUAUGGGGAAUGGAAAAAUCGUGUCAAGUAUGACCACUUCCCACAAUGUAGACAGCAUGAACACUGCGAGUAGCAUGAAUAACAUGAGCUAUAUGAAUCACGUAAGCAGUACAAGCAACACAAACAACAUGAACAACAUGCACAGCGUGAACAACAUGCACAACGUGAACAACAUGCACAGCGUGAGUAACGUGAACAGCGUGAAUAACAUGAACAACGUGAAUAACAUGAACAAUGUGCAUAGCUUGAAUAACGUGAAUGGCGUGAAUGGCGUGAAUAGCGUGAAUAGCGUGAACAACAUGCAUAACUUGAAUAGCGUGAACAACAUGCACAACUUGAAAACUAUGCACAACACACACAACAUGCACAACCGGCAGAACCGGCAGAACAUGUACAACGCGCACAACACACAUAACAUGCACAAUGCUCACAACACACAGAACACGCAUAACAUCACAAACAGCGAGAACAUUCAGAACAGCCCGAACCAUGGAGAGAAUCUCAGCAUUACUGUGGAAAAUUAUAACGAAAUGGACGAUACAAACCAAAUUAAUAACUUAACUAAUUUUUCAAACUUUUCAAAUUUAUCCAAUUUGUCGAAUUUAUCGAAUUUGUCCAAUUUGUCCAAUUUGUCCAAUUUAUCUAAUUUCGCCAAUUUGUCCAACAUAUCCAAUUUGGCUAGCUUGGCCGAUUUGGCGAAUCUGACUGGUUUGGCCCACCUCACAGAUUUAGCUAGUCUGGCUAAUUUGACACAUCUGAACAACUUGGAUAGUACAGAAAAUCCGGAAAAUACUGAGAAUAUGGAUCGGAUAGAUGAAAUGGGAAAUCUUAAGGACAUGCAUAUGGACACCUUGAAUAUGAGAAAUUUGAGCGGCGUUAACAAUAUGAAUCAAAUAAGUCAUGUGAAUCACAUUGACAACGUUAAUAGCAUGGGUCAUAUAAGCCAUAUGAACCACAUGAGCAAUGUUAGCGGCCCGAAUCGGGUUAGCGACGUGAACCGGGUUAGCGACAUGAACAGGGUUAGCGACAUGAACUGGGUUAGCAAUAUGAAUCGGGUUAGCGACAUGAACCGGGUUAGCGACAUGAACCGGGUUAGCGACAUGAACCGGGUUAGCGAAAUGAACAGGGUUAGCGAUAUGAACAGAGUUAGAGAUAUGAACAGUGCUAGCGAUUUGAACAAUGGUAAUGACAUGAACCAUAUGAGUCACAUGAACAACAUGAAUAACGGAAGCAACAUGAACCAUUUGAGCCACAUGAACCAACUGAAUCAGCUGAAUCAACUGAAUCAACUGAAUCACAUGAACCAAUUGAAUCACAUGGACCAAUUGAAUCACAUGGACCAAUUGAAUCACAUGGACCAAUUGAAUCACAUGGAUCAAUUGAAUCACAUGGACCAGUUGAAUCACAUAAACAACGUUAACAGUUCAGGCAAUAUGAACAAUUUUUGCAAUGCCCUGGGCGGCAAUUUCCAAUAUGGUCUAUACGAUGACUAG